AUUGCGCAGCAUAUCUUCGAAUUAUUCCAUAUAUGGAAUAUUUAUGUUUUCUUUGUACCUGUGAGUGGGAAUGAAAAACUGAAUCAGCUCUUGGACAUAAGCAUGAAGACAUUACAGUGAUGUAAAGUGCAGCAUGAGUUCAAGUUGAAUUGAGAUUGCUUGAAAAAGAAGCUUGUUCAAGUUGAUUGGAAAUAUUCUUCAUUUUCAUUGCCAGUCAUUCAAAUAAAUUAUUGAAGAUAUUUUGUGCAUGUUCAUUCUAGCAAGACUUCAGAAUGGCAAGUGUUAGCAGUGAUUGUAAUGCUGGCUUUACUGAUCCACUUCUGGCCAAGCAAAAACAGCAUAGCAAGAGGGCAUUUGAACUCAUAGCCAAGGCCCUGAGACUUGAUGAAGAGAACAAACAUGGUAGCCGGCCGGAGGCGGUGCGGCUGUACCGGGAGGGGAUCGCCGAGCUGGAGCGCGGUAUCGCCGUGGACUGCUCGGGCCGCGGCGAGGACCGGCGCCGCGCGCAGCGGCUGCAGACCAAGAUGCAGACCAACCUGGCCGUGGCCGCCGACAGGCUGCGCUUCCUAGAAAGUUGCCUCUCAGACCCUGAUGAGCGCAUGGCCUGUCUGGAGGAGCGUGCGGCCGACUCGGUGGUACCGCCGGCGGCUCGUCAGCGGCCCGGUCCGACGGCACGUCCCCCGGGCCAGGCCGCCGGCCGGCCCGCCGCGAGGGCCACUGGUCAGACCGGUGACCCUGUGACCGGUCACGGCAGCGGUCAGCCGCCGGCGGUCACCGUGAUCAGGGAGGGCCGGCGGAAACCCAGCACCGGCACCGAAGCGGCCGAGCGGAAGAUCUCCCCUGUGUACGGGUACUCGGGGCCGGGCCGGCGUCCCGCCCCGUCCACCGGUACCAGUCGGACCACCCCGUCCUCCGUGCCGGCGCGCCGGAGACCAGCCGCGCCCGGCACAGCCGCCACGCGCAGCACGCCCAACCGGGCGGGCGGCCUGUCAUCCCCGGCCACCUCGUCUUCCGGCACCCCGUCUCGGUCCGCGCGCAAGCUGCUCUCCACCGCCGGGCUGAAGGGAGUCGACCCCAAGCUGGCGCAGCUGAUCCUGGAUGAGAUCAUUGACGCCGGACCGGUGGUGACGCUGGAUGAUAUUGCAGGAAAUGCGUCGGCGAAGCGGGCGCUCCAGGAGCUGGUGAUCCUGCCCUCGGUCCGCCCCGAGCUGUUUACGGGACUCAGAGCGCCGGCGCGCGGUCUCCUGCUGUUCGGACCGCCAGGUAACGGCAAGACGAUGCUGGCGCGCGCGCUGGCCAGCGAGGCGUCCGUGACGUUCUUCUCCAUCAGCGCCUCCAGCCUGACGAGCAAGUGGCACGGCGAGGGCGAGAAGCUGGUGCGGGCGCUGUUCGCCGUCGCCAGAGAGCUGCAGCCGUCCAUCAUCUUCAUGGACGAGCUGGAUUCGCUGCUCUCGGAGCGGCGCGAGGGCGAACACGACGCGUCCCGCCGCCUCAAGACCGAGUUCCUCUGCCAGUUCGACGGACUGGGCACCAACGCCGAGGACAAGAUUCUGGUGCUCGGAGCCACCAACAGACCUCAGGAGCUGGACCAGGCCAUCCUACGCCGCUUCCCGAAGCGGAUCUACAUCCCCCUGCCGGACCGCGAGGCGCGCAAGGCGCUGCUCGGCCGCCUGCUAUCCAGCCACGGCCAACCGCUGCGGCAGGGCGACCUCCAGACGCUGGCGGAACUCACAGACGGCUACUCGGCUAGCGACAUCGCCGCGCUGGCCCGCGACGCCGCGCUGGGGCCCAUCCGAGAAAUGGACCAGGAGCAGGUCAAGUCCAUCGAUCCCAAGAAACUACGGCAUAUCAAUGUCAACGACUUCAAGGACUCUCUGAAACGAAUCCGACGCUCGGUCGACGCUCAGACACUGGCGCAGUACGAGAAAUUCGAGCGCGAAUACGGCGAGCUGCGCGCGUGAUAUAGUUGUAGCACAUCCUCUUCUGACGGCUGGGGAAAGUGCCGUGUUGUUGGUCGGACGAGGAUUGAUGGGACUCGAGUUACUCGAGCAGAGACUGUGAUUUGGGAGUCGAGUUAGCUGUUGCCUCGGUGAACGCCGUCCGUAUUGCCUGUUCCUUCGGAGAGUUGCGUGGACAUGGUUUUGUGAUUUUCCGUGAACGGUGGACUGUUAUGAAUAACAGCCAGAAGAUGUGUUGUGGACGGUUUCGUAAAUUUUAUAAGCGUUUGUCGUUGAGGGAAUCGAAUGAUAUGCGCGCCCAGUUUUGAUCUAACUAUUUGGGAAAGUGUAACAACGCGUCACUGGCUGCUGAUGUGUCAGUUGCCAGAGCCGAUAUAACAGUAUGUGUGUGUGAGAUUAACUUACAUCAGUAGUAAUAUCAGCUUCCGAAGUCGCGUUCAGCCUUCCGGUCAUCAACUUCCGUUAGUCUGUUAUUAAUAUUCUAGCUGUAUGUCGCUCUUCUUUCGGCGGCCGGCGUCCUGUUCCUUGGAUGCUCGCCUUAUGAUGUUCUCAGCUGUGCAUAAGACGCCACAUUCAUCAAACGAGAGUACUUCCGCCUUCAUUGCCCAGCUGUGGGUGUCCAGCUGUGGUGCCAUCAGUGUUGCUUGGAACCGGGCCGUGCCGGUGUCUCUGCCCCCCCCCCCCCCUCCCCUUCUUCACACACCCCUCCUAAGGCCUGGCCUACCGCUAUUGUAUAACCCUGUUUACUACUGUGUCCACGUUGGUAGGCUGAUGUGUUGUGAACGGUAGAUGGAAGAGGUGAUUUGAGUGAGCUAUGACCCUGCCAUCACCAGUGAAAUGUGGGGCAGAAAGGAUGUAAGCCAGUGUUCUGCAUUCGUCAUGCGUCCCAUGGAACCGCCAGUGGUGACUUUUCGGCUGACUUAUCUGUUUUAAGAUCUGUAUGUGUUAUGUUGGACGUGAUCAAUUUUCGUAGUGAGAUUUAACAGUUGUUGGAUGGGGUUAAGUUGCUUAUAACAGUUGUCAAUUAAAGUAACAUACUGCAACUACUGAUAUUACUGGGGAUGCGAGUCAAACUAGUAACCCAUCGUAGUAACCAUUGUUGAUGUUUAAAUUUGUUGGUGAUAUCCGAGGCAUAAUUCACAUUGGCUGUUGAGCCGGUUAUCCCGGCCAAGUUAUGAAUCAAAUGAUCUGUGUUACCUCAAGUGUUACACUACCCAUCGGACCUGAAUAGGGCUGACUCGGUGUCCCAGGUUUUCGUUUUAGUCAUUCCAGCGAGAAGUAUUACGUUACUGAUUCGUGUAACAGCGGGUGAAGAUACUGCUCGAUCGCAGUGUCACGUGCUGCCCCCUCCGUGAACCACGAGCUCUGGUGUUCAGUGUGAUCCGUCUUCCGCCGCCCCAUACCAAACCUGCGUAUUCACAGUGACAAUGGCGUGCCAUCAAACGCUGGCUGCUAGAUCUGUGCUGCCGCCUGCAGUCGGUGUAUUCUGUUGUGAGCCCUGGUGGUGUUCAUCCCUGCUUACACGCAGUUGUGACUGCUGGGUUAUCCAGUGCUUGAGAGCGACGAGCACAAGAAGUAUAGUCAGGACUGCGAGGAAGCACAAGUCCCAAGAGGUCGCCGAUGGACUGCCGGUGUCAUAAUCCAUUGAUGUACUGUGUAUUGUCCGUAUUUAACAAUAAACUGCGUGUUCUAACAAAGCACGGUGGGUAAAUGUGGCAGACAGCGGUAUCUAGCGACUCUUGUAGACGGGAUGGGUAAACAAAUCUGCGGGAGAAACUCCGUGCCAUUGGACUGAAUACCAGUUACUGCCUCAGACAUAUACAGAUACAGGCGCACGCACACGCGCAUACUGGCUGAAAUAUCACAGCACACCGUAUUGUCGCGACAGCAGUGGUUUACUUCAACCGAAGUGCGCAACACCAGGGGUAUAACUGUUCUCUUCUCACACAUUCACGCUAUAAGCACUCUUCAAACUACUUGGAGGGAGAAAAUCCUCUUCUUGAUGUCCACUGACGCUCUGCGCAAUAAAAUUGUUUUAUUUUAAACAGCCCAUUGAUUGAAUACAGCGGCUGCUGGUGAAUGUCCCGACUAGAAUAUAUUGCACCUUCCGAACAUAGGCACGCUUGGACGCUCUGCAAGGCUAAAAAUAGCAUGACCUUAUGAGUAUCAAAACAGUCCUAGACGUUAUAAAUUCACAUCAAAGUACAAGUAAGUACUACGUCCCUUAUCACCACAGAUUGGCGAUUUGGUAUUGCACCAACCACACAUUUCUUCUAGAAUACAAAAGAAAAAGAAUACGCUCGGAACGA